AAAUUUAAUAUUAACUUUGCCAGACUUAUCAGUAUCAAGCAUUUAUGACCGGACUACUAUGUAUUGACAUGGAUUUUUAGAUUUUUAGAAUAUGAUUCUUAGCAUAAUAUAAGAACCAUCUCUUAACUUUUAACUAAAAAAAAUAAGAACCAACUCUUAAAUAAAAGUUUUAAGAGACGAUUCUUAGUUUUUCAGUUAAAGUUAAGAGACGGUUCUUAUAUUACGCUAAGAACUCCACCCUAAAAACCCCCAAUAAACAUGGCUUGAGAGCAUGAUUAACACUCGUCUCUUAGUCGGGGUUCUUAACUCAUGAUUUAAUCUUUUUUUUUAAAAAAUUUUGACUAAGCUUUUCUUAGUUAAAAUAUAAAAAAAGGUUAAGAAUCGUCUAUUACUCGAAACUAAAAAUCUCAGUUAAGAGAUUGGAGCUAAUCAUGGUCUAAAUUAGUCAUCAACUGGUAUGCUUAUACUAUUCAUGCGUUUGUUUUGUAAUACUGCAUACCAAGAAAUCAAUAUUAUGACUAACCAAACCCGUAAUUUAAGGCUAUAAGUGCUCAAUCUUUAAAUUAUCUGAAGAACUAAACAUCAACAUCUACUACUUUUCUACACCAAAUUUUAAUCUACCCAAAUUCAAUAAUAACUAGGUCGUCAAAUGUAAUAAAAUGCUAAAAAAAAAAUUCAUAGAUCUAAUUUAAAAGUGUACCUAGCUUGAAAAUAAGAUAUUUUUUGGUCCAAUUGAAAAUGAGAUUUUAAGCUGAAUAUAUACAUAUUUUUGUAAUACACAUUCUUACAACAUUUUUUUGAUGGAGUUAUAUGCAUAACUUAUAGACAAAAAAAAUUAUGACAAUAAUUUUGUUUUUGAAAAUUCGACCGUCCCCAUUGAUUGCAUGCCCACCUUACGCGAUAUGUAUGAUGAGACGAUUACUUUUAUUUUCCCCAUUUAUUAACGGUAUGGCAACCAUAGCAUUACUAGAAAAUCGAAAAUUGCUUUAACUAAAAAUAGUUAUUUUAUCCAAACCUACCUUUCAUCUAGCGCUUCUCAUACACUAUAUAUACAUUACUCUUCUGUAUCGGGUUAUUUCAUAUCAAAACCUCCUGAUUUCGUUAUCUACUAGUACUUGUUUCUUUUAAAAAAUUGUUUUCGUUUGAAAAUAAAAGGACAUGGUUUUGCCUUCUUCAACACCGUCUCUAACCACCGGAAAGAAGGCGAAAGCCUCGCCGAAAUGUAACUUCCCUGUGAUUGAUUUCUCUUCACUCGACCGGUCAAAACUAUCGGAGGAAAUCACGAAAGCCUGCGAGGUUAAUGGGUUUUUCAAGGUGAUAAACCAUGGAGUUAAACCGGAGAUAAUUUGGAGAUUUGAGCGUGAGGGUGAAGAGUUCUUUAAUAAACCGGGCACGGAGAAGCAACGAGCCGGUCCCGCGAGUCCAUUCGGUUACGGAUGCAAGAACAUCGGGUUUAAUGGAGACUUGGGUGAGCUUGAGUAUCUUCUUCUCCAUGCAAACCCAACGUCUGUCGCUGAUAAAUCUGAAACUAUCUCACAUGAUGACCCCUUCAAGUUCAGCUCGGCCACAAACGAUUACAUACGCGCCAUUAAAGAUCUUGCAUGUGCGAUAAUUGAUCUAACGGCCGAGAAUUUAUGGGGCCAGAGAUCUACCAAGGUGAGUGAGCUAAUCAGAGAUGUCCGUAGCGACUCAAUCCUGCGACUGAAUCACUAUCCACCCGCACCGUACGCGCUGAGAGGCUUUAGCCAAAUAGGUUUCGGGGAGCAUUCUGACCCUCAGAUCUUGACGGUGUUAAGAUCCAACGACGUAGAUGGCCUUGAGGUUUGCUCACGUGACGGCUUAUUAUGGAUCCCUGUACCAUCUGACCCUACAUGCUUCUACGUGUUGGUCGGUGACUGCCUUCAGGCAUUGACGAAUGGGAGGUUUACUAGCGUGAGGCACAGGGUAUUGGCGAACACGGCAGGAAAAUCUCGAAUGUCAGCGAUGUAUUUUGCGGCACCGCCGUUAGAUGCAAUAAUAUCACCGUUGCCGGAAAUGGUAUCGCCGGAGAAUCCACGAAGAUAUAAUACAUUCACAUGGGGUGACUACAAAACAGCUACAUACUCUCUCCGUUUAGAUGUACCUCGUCUCGAGUUCUUCAAAACUUCAUAAGUAUUAUGAUUGUUGGUUUGUUAUACAAAAUACUACACCAUGUAAAUGUAUAGUUUUACACGAUAAAGUAUUAAUAAGUCACAAACAUCAGUAGUAUGCAAGUUAUUCUUUUGAACGUAAA